AUGAAAGGGGGAAGUGUAGAUGGUGCGGAUGAAAGGGACCGAGUGUCGUUGUUCGAGUUCCGUGUUCCGUCACAAUUUUUUUGGGUUGCGGUUCCAGGUUCGACCUUCUCGACUGAGAUAACAGGCUUGAGCAACACCAUCCAGCUCCGUCCAUUUGCAUCCGUCCUCAUUGCGCAAGUCAGCAUGGCGUCAACAUCGGCAUCAUCGUCGCGCUUUGCGCCUGCGCCCACAAGUGCGGCAUCGCAUCUUGGUCUCCUCCCGGACAUUCCCAGGGCAAGUUCUGUCAUUGUCAUCGGCAUGGCCGGUUCGGGCAAGUCUACCUUCACCGCCAGCCUUCACGAUCACCUCCACGAAAAAGCAAAAGACCAGCAAGAUGAACAAAACGCACGACAGCAGGGUCAGUCAGACUCACCAUCAGCUACUGCCUCGCAGACCACCGCGCCUUACAUGGUUAACCUCGAUCCUGCCGUGGGAACUCUCGGCUACGAACCCAACGUCGAUAUUCGAGAUACCGUCGACUACGCACGCGUCAUGGAGCAGUACAACCUUGGUCCCAACGGCGGUAUUCUCACUGCGCUCAACCUCUUCACCACCAAAUUCGACCAAGUGCUCAACAUCCUCGAGAAGCGCGCCAAGGAAGUCGACCAUAUCGUGCUCGAUACACCUGGUCAGAUCGAGAUCUUUACCUGGUCCGCAUCUGGCUCAAUCGUGACCGAUGCACUGGCGAGUUCCAUGCCCACCGUCGUCGCCUACAUCAUCGACACGCCAAGGACCACGGCACCAGCAACGUUCAUGAGCAACAUGCUCUACGCUUGCAGCAUCCUCUACAAAACAAAGCUCCCCUUCAUCCUCGUGUUCAACAAGACGGAUGCACAGUCGCAUCAGUUUGCGCUCGAGUGGAUGCAAGACUUUGAAAAGUUCCAGGAAGCUUUGUCUGCAGGCAAUGCCACCGAUCCUUCCUCCACGGUCACCCAGCACGGUCUCAACCCGAAAGCGCGCGAUUACGACACCGAGGGAAGCCAAGGCUACAUGAACAGCCUCAUGAACAGCAUGAGCCUCGUGCUCGACGAAUUCUACAAGAACUUGAGGGCUGUCGGUGUAUCGUCGGUCACUGGUGAUGGGAUGGACGACUUCUUGGCCGCGGUGCAGGAGGCGCGCCAGGAAUACCUCGACGAUUACCGUCCCGAACUCGAACGACUCGCAAAGCAGCGCGACGCCAAACGCGAGACCAGCAAGAAGGAGCAGCUAGCUCGACUGAUGAAGGACAUGAACGUCGGUAAAAAGUCAUCUUCGGCGCAGGUAAAGCCAGGCAAAGCAGCCACGCGGUCGACUGAAGACCUCUCGAAGCACAUGGACGAGGAAUACGAAGGUGACGGUCAGAUCAUUGAACCUGACUCGGACGAGGAAAAGCCACAUUACGAAUACCCAGGACCGGACUACGACCGAGGCGACGGCACCGUCUGGCCGCGGCCCGGAUAG